AUGUCGGACCAGCAUUCUCAACUUCAGCUCCCAGCAGGGCGGGAAGUCGUAACCGUCAAGCUCAUGAACCCGGUCAACUUUGGACCAGCGAUACUGGAGCGGUUCAUGGCACCACCCGUACCGGGCCUAGAGACUUUCAAAACUUCGCCAUCUCAUUCCUUUCUACUGGAACAUCCCUCGGGGCGCAAACUUGUAUUUGAUCUGGGGAUCCGGAAGGAUUACCAAAACUACUCGCCAAAGAUAGCGGCUUAUAUACCUACUACGAAGUACAACAUCGAAGCCACGAAGAAUGUGGUAGAAAUCUUAGAAGAAGGGGGAAUCGAGCCGAAGGACGUUGAGGCUGUCAUAUGGAGCCACUGGCAUUGGGACCAUAUCGGAGACCCUUCGACUUUUCCUCCAACUACAGACUUAAUAGUGGGCCCUGGGUUCAAGGACGCCAUGCUCCCAGGUGCUCCGGCUAAUCCGGAUAGCCCAAUACAAGAAAGUGAUUAUGCGAACCGCAAUCUCCACGAGAUAAAGUUUGAAGGCGAACAAUCCUUGAAGAUAGGACGCUUCCCAGCGUACGACUACUUUGGUGACGGCUCGUUUUACCUCCUCGACAGCCCCGGCCACGCCGUCGGCCACCUCUGCGGCCUAGCCAGGACGACGACCAGCCCAGACACCUUCGUGCUGCUUGGCGGCGACGUGUGCCACUACGCCGGCAUCUUCAGGCCGUCCAAACACCUGCCUGUGCCGGCAUGCAUAACUCCUCAUCCCUGCCAGCCGCACGGCGGCCUGUCGCUCUGCCCAGGGCACGCCUGGGAGGAGCUGCAGCAGUCCAGGGGCCGGGACGCCACCGAUACGCUAUACGACAUCACGUUCGGGCUUGACAUCCCGCUCGCGACCAACACUGUUGGGAAGCUCCAGGAGCUGGAUUGCUUGGACAAUGUCUUUGUGGUCAUCGCCCACGACUCCACGGUGCGCGAUGGCGUGCCGCAUUUUCCAGAGAGCUUGAACGAUUGGAAAGCUAAAGGUUGGGGUGAGAAAGUCAGGUGGGCUUUCUUUAGGGAUCUGGAGCAGUAUUGGAAGUCUAAAGGGCUGGCCUGA